AUGUCCGCCGCGGUGCACCUCGGGGGCGUCCGCGCGCCCGUCCGCGUCGCGAGGGCGUCGCGGGUCGACCGCCGCCCGACGCGCGCGGGGCGCGCGACGUCCGCGUCCGCCGCGAUCUCUUCUUCCGAAAAAAACGUCCCGCGGGCGGGGCGGUUCCCCCCGGGCAUCGACAUCCACCAAGGCCGCGUGAAGCAAAUCGUGGGCGGGACGCUGAAGGACGCCCCCCACGGCUCCCCGGCGUCGGAGACCCCGGAGACCAACUUCCAGACGGAGACCUCCUCCGCGGAGUUCGCGCGGAUGUACCGGCGCGACGACGUUCGCGGCGGGCACGUCAUCAUGCUCUCCCGCGACGACGCGACGUUACAGGCGGCGAUGGACGCCGUCAGCGCGUUCCCGAACGGGCUCCAGGUCGGCGGCGGCGUCACCGCGGAGACCGCGGCGCCGCUGCUCGACGCGGGCGCGUCGCACGUCAUCGUGACGUCGUACGUGUUCCGAGACGGGAUGGUCGAUCAGGAGCGGCUCGACGCGCUCGUCGCCGCCGUCGGAAAAGAACGCGUCGUCCUCGACCUGUCGUGCAGGAAGAAGGGCGACGAAUACUACGUCGUCACGGACCGGUGGCAGAAGUGGACGGACCUCAAGGUGGACGAGGAGACGAUGCGCGAGCUCGCGAAGCACUGCGACGAGUUCCUGGUGCACGGCGUCGACGUAGAGGGGAUGAAGCUCGGCGUCGACGAGGAGCUCGUGCGACGGUUGGGCGUCCGCUCGCCGAUACCGGUGACGUACGCCGGCGGCGCGCGGUCGCUCGACGACUUAGAGCUCGUCAGGAGACCCGGCGGCGGGAGGGUGGACGUCACCGUCGGCAGCGCGUUGGAUUGUUUCGGCGGAGAGUUGAAGUACGACGACGUCGUGGCGUGGCACGACCACCAGAAGACGCUCGCGGGCAUCGUCUGCGACGACCCGGAGUGUUGA